GGAAAUGUUUGACGAUAAGAGGCAAUUUCAAGGUGUCAGUGUCGGAAAAAUUGGUACCAACCCAGCGGCAAAAACCCAUAUAGUAAUACUAAACCCAUGCGAAUCCGGUCCUGCCCACCACCACGUCCACCUGUUGUUGCAAACCCAACAACAGUAAAAAUUCUUUUGAAUCAGUCGACGUUUCGUGUUUGCACAGUCGCGUCGAAAAUCGAUCGAGUUGGCCGUGAUUCCGCCCGUUUUUCAUUUAUUCCUGUCAAAAUUACUCACUUGUUUGCAUGGACCACUAGAUUGAAGUGUCACGUCACCGGUUUUUCGCGUAUAUAAUGUAAAAAAACAAGGGAAAGUCAGGUAAAUUCAUUUCGAACGUGGGAAAAUUCGAACUGGUGGAAAUUAGGCCAGUGGGAAAUUUGGGGGAGGUGAUCGUGUCGAUCAAGUCGUGGCCUUGAAGUGGCAACUUUUUAAUACAUGGUGCAUAAAGUCAAGUGCGACACUUGAGACAGAAAUAGAAUGGCAGUUUGGUUUCCGACGUGUUAUCAUUUAUCAGAUUAGCGUAAUUGGAUUAGGAAGUGGUACGACUUUAUCAACCGGUCAGACUUUGACAAAUCAGCUGUUCCAAUUACAUUUAAAAAAAACCAAUUUAUUCACAGAAUUGCUAAACAAUUAUGAUUUUAUACACAAAAUUGACAAACAAUUAACUUUUGAUUACAUUUUUUCUUCAAGGUUAAAUAUACUAAAGUUCCAAGCUAGAAAAAAAACUAACAAAAAAUUAAGGGAAUCUUCCGUUGUUAUUGACAUUCGAAGUUUAAAAAUAGAAUUGAUGGUCAAAAAAAGUUGUUUUGAUAAAAAAUGUACAAUGUGUGACUUGUAUUGUUUUUAAUUAGUUAAGUUGGCAUUGACGUCACGGUGGCGUUUGAAAAUUUGAUUUAAAAGUCAAGGGUAAAAUAUGUGAAAAUUUGACAAUUUUCGAGUGAAUGACAGUUAAUACAGAUGACUAGAUUGAUUUUUUUUUUCUUUAAAUUUAUGUAUUUUACUGAAAAAAUUAGCGAAAUGAAGAUUUUGAACAUUGUCAAAAGUUUGCCUUAGGUCCAAGGUCGGUUAAAAUUUGUCAAAAUUUUGCAAUUUUCAAGUGUUUAAAUGUCAAAUAUUUGACACCAGAGUUGACUUUUCCCGCGUAGUAGGCAGUGUUGUCAAAAACCUGACAACUGUCAACUAAAUGUUGAUUCUUUCCCGCAUAGAUGGCACUCUUUCGUUUAUGACAUUUUUUACGCACUUUAAACGUCUAUCAAAGUGUCAAAAUGCUCAAACGUCCGCUAAAUCGUCGAAACAGUAAACGUUUCGUCAUCGGUGACGAAGAAGAGGAAGUAACACCGCCCGAAAUCGAAAUAACAAUCACUGAAAAUGUCGAUGUCGACACUGACACCAAUGAAAAUGUCCAAUCGUGCGAUUGGAUGGCCGAAUCCUCUCGCCUCCAACCCGGAAAAACGCUCACGCCGAGCAUGUCACAAGGCACUGUCAUGUUACAAAAUCGCCUCCAAGAGAAGGAUUUCACCGUUGCCACACCGGAGGAGUUCGUCAAGCGUUUCAACGGGACCAAAGUCAUCAAUAAAGUUCUGAUUGCCAAUAAUGGAAUUGCGGCGGUCAAAUGCAUGCGUUCGGUGCGUCGUUGGUCGUACGAAAUGUUCAAGAAUGAACGUGCGGUUCGUUUUGUCGUAAUGGUCACACCUGAGGACCUCAAAGCCAACGCAGAGUACAUCAAAAUGGCCGAUCACUACGUCCCAGUGCCUGGCGGUACAAAUAAUAACAACUACGCCAACGUGGAACUCAUCGUCGAUAUAGCGACCCGACUUCAGGUACAAGCCGUUUGGGCUGGUUGGGGUCACGCUUCGGAAAACCCGAAACUACCCGAACUUUUACAUAAAAACGGUAUUGCUUUCAUUGGCCCACCCGAUAAGGCAAUGUGGGCUCUGGGCGACAAAAUCGCCUCGAGUAUUGUCGCCCAAACCGCCGACAUCCCCACCCUUCCAUGGUCGGGCUCCGACCUCAAGGCCCAAUACACCGGGAAGAAAAUCAAGAUAUCGUCCGAUUUGUUCGCUCGAGGGUGCGUCCAAACGGCGGAACAAGGCCUGGCAGCCGCCCAAAAAAUCGGAUUCCCGGUCAUGAUCAAGGCGUCGGAAGGUGGAGGGGGCAAAGGCAUCCGGAAGGUUGAAAACGCGGAUGAUUUCCCAGCCGCCUUUAGACAAGUACAAACCGAAAUUCCGGGUUCCCCUAUCUUUGUAAUGAAACUGGCCAAGUGUGCGCGCCAUCUUGAAGUCCAGUUAUUGGCCGACCAAUACGGUAACGCCAUUUCGCUGUUCGGGCGUGACUGUUCCAUUCAACGCCGCCACCAGAAGAUCAUCGAGGAGGCGCCGGCGGUCAUAGCCGCCUCGGACGUGUUCGAAGACAUGGAAAAGGCGGCUGUGCGUUUGGCCAAAAUGGUGGGUUACGUCUCGGCCGGGACAGUGGAGUAUUUGUACGAUACGUCCGGGCAUUACUACUUCCUGGAGCUCAACCCGAGGCUUCAGGUGGAGCACCCGUGCACCGAGAUGGUGUCCGAUGUGAAUUUACCAGCAGCCCAGUUGCAAAUUGCAAUGGGAUUGCCUUUGCACUACAUCAAAGACAUUCGGUUGUUGUAUGGGGAAUCACCAUGGGGUAACUCCGAGAUUGAUUUCGACCAACCCAGACAUAAACCACAGCCGUGGGGGCACGUAAUCGCGGCUCGGAUCACGUCGGAAAACCCCGAUGAAGGUUUUAAACCAAGUUCGGGGACCGUUCAAGAAUUGAAUUUCCGGUCGUCGAAAAACGUAUGGGGGUAUUUCUCGGUGGCGGCAUCUGGUGGUUUACACGAGUUUGCCGAUUCGCAAUUUGGUCAUUGCUUCUCGUGGGGCGAGAAUCGGGAACAGGCAAGGGAAAAUCUAGUGAUUGCGUUGAAGGAGUUGAGCAUCAGGGGUGAUUUUCGGACGACGGUCGAAUACCUAAUCACGUUACUCGAAACUAAGAGUUUCCAAGAGAAUACUAUUGACACCGCGUGGUUGGACAUCCUCAUCAGUGAGAAGGUUGAGUCGGAGAAACCCAACGUAAUGUUGGGUGUGAUUUGUGGUUCCUUGCACAUUGCCGAUAAGACCAUAAGUACGGCCUUCCAGGAGUUUCAAAAUUCGUUAGAACGUGGCCAAAUUCAAGGAUCGAACACUUUGACCAACGUCGUAGACGUGGAAUUGAUACAUGGUGGUAACAAAUACAAAGUCCAAGCGACCAAAAGUGGACCCAACACCUAUUUCCUUAUGAUGAAUGGUACUUUCAAGGAGAUCGAAGUGCACCGGUUGACCGAUGGCGGGAUUCUACUAUCAGUGGACGGUUCCUCCUUCACCACCUACAUGAAGGAGGAAGUCGACCGGUACCGCAUCGUAAUCGGGAACCAAACUGUCGUUUUCGAGAAAGAAAACGACCCGACAAUCCUGCGCUCACCCUCAGCCGGUAAACUCAUAAGUUUCCUGAUUGACGACGGCGGCCAUGUUGACAAGGGCCAAGCCUACGCCGAGAUCGAAGUCAUGAAAAUGGUAAUGACGCUCACGUCGAGUGAAAGUGGCACGAUUUUCUACGUCAAGCGACCUGGUGCUGUGUUGGAAGCCGGCUCUACGAUAGCAUCGCUAGAACUUGACGAUCCCUCACUUGUGACCAAAGCUAUGCUCUAUAAAGGUCCGUUUCCGGAAUUGGACGUUUCCCAGCCCAUAGUUUCGGAAAAACUCAACCACAUCCAUAACAGUUACAAGGCUGUCCUUGAGAACACAUUGGCGGGUUAUUGCCUCCCUGACCCCUAUAAUGCGCCCCGACUGCGCGAAGUGAUCGAGAAGUUUAUGUCAAGUCUGCGAGACCCGAGUUUGCCCUUGUUGGAGUUACAACAAGUCAUGGCGUCAAUCUCGGGCCGCAUUCCUCCAGCCGUUGAGAAGAAAAUCCGCCGACUUAUGAGUCUCUACGAACGCAAUAUCACAAGUGUCCUGGCACAGUUUCCAAGCCAGCAAAUCGCCAGUGUUAUUGACAGUCAUGCCGCCAGUAUGCAAAAACGGACGGAACGUGACGGUUUCUUCCUCGCCACUGAGAGUAUAGUCCAGUUGGUGCAACGUUACCGGAACGGCAUUCGGGGCCGUAUGAAGGUGGCGGUGCAGGAAUUGUUACGUCAAUACUACGACGUCGAGAGUCAAUUCCAGCAAGGUUCCUACGAUAAGUGUGUGGCGUUGUUGCGCGAAAAACACAAGGAUGACAUGCAGAGUGUCUCCAAUACGAUUUUCAGCCACUCACAAGUGGCCAAAAAAAACCUUCUAGUAACAAUGUUGAUUGACCAUUUAUGGUCAAACGAACCGGGACUGACCGAUGAACUGGCACCGGCUUUAACCGAACUGACCUCGCUCAAUCGUAGCGAACACUCCCGAGUGGCACUACGUGCGCGCCAGGUGCUAAUCGCCGCACACCAACCCGCCUAUGAGCUACGCCACAACCAAAUGGAGAGCAUUUUCCUCUCGGCCGUUGAUAUGUACGGGCAUGAGUUCCACCCCGAAAACUUACAAAAGCUAAUCGUUUCGGAAACUUCAAUCUUUGAUAUUUUGCACGAUUUCUUCUACCAUGCCAAUAGGGCGGUGUGUAACGCGGCGCUGGAAGUGUACGUCCGGAGGGCGUACACCAGUUACGACAUCACCUGUUUGCAACAUUUGGAACUAUCGGGGGAAGUACCAGUUGUCCAUUUUCAGUUUCUACUACCACCGACGCACCCAAACCGCUUGAUUAAGUUAGACGAUUUCAAGGAGAGUGAAGAUGGGCCGAAAGUCGUGGAUACGUUCCAAAGAACGGGGUGCAUGGCCGCGUUCCAAAACUUCCAAGAGUUUGAGCAAUACGCCGACGAGAUCCUUGAUUUGAUUGAGGAUUUUGCGAAUCCGGCGACCAUUUCCGCCAAGGAUUUGAUCGCGGUCGAGAGUGGUUCCGAGAGUCGGAACAGUACUUCGAUUAAUGUGAGUUUGUCGCUGGAGGGACAACGAGGAGGCGAGGAGAGUUGUAUGCAUGAACCUAUCCAUAUCCUCCAUGUGGGGAUCAAGGAUAAGGGCGAUACGGACGAUAGUAGUAUGAGUAAAAUCUUUGGGGGUUUCUGUGUGCGACACAAGGAGGAGUUGAUCAGUCGCGGGAUCAGACGGAUUACUUUCGCCGCCUUGAAGCACAAACAAAGUCCCAAGUUUUUCACGUUUAGGUCACGCGAUGACUUCAAGGAGGACAAGAUUUAUCGGCAUUUGGAGCCGGCUUGUGCCUUCCAAUUGGAAUUGAACCGCAUGAGGAAUUACAAUCUGGAAGCCCUUCCAACGUCCAAUCAAAAGAUGCAUCUGUAUUUGGGCAAGGCUAAGGGGAUUGGCGGCAAGGAAGUGACCGAUUAUAGGUUUUUCAUCAGGAGUAUCAUAAGACAUAGCGAUUUGAUAACGAAGGAGGCGUCGUUUGAGUACCUCCAAAACGAGGGUGAGAGGGUGCUGCUUGAGGCAAUGGACGAGCUAGAGGUGGCGUUUUCGCACCCGCAUUCACGUCGCACUGACUGUAACCACAUCUUCUUGAACUUUAUCCCGACUGUGAUUAUGGAUCCGGCGAAGAUUGAGGAGGCUGUGACUAGUAUGGUGAUGCGUUACGGACCAAGGUUAUGGAAGUUGAGGGUGUUACAAGCCGAGCUUAAGAUGAUCAUACGUUUGGCGCCCAAUGCUCCGACUCAAACGAUUCGUUUGUGUCUGGCUAAUGAUAGUGGUUACUACCUGGAUAUCAAUAUGUAUACCGAGGAAGUGGAUCCGGAUACGGGAAUUAUCAAGUUUAGGGCGUAUGGUAAGAAGCAAGGGCCGAUGCAUGGUCUCCCCAUCUCGACUCCAUACCUAGCCAAGGAUUAUUUGCAACAAAAACGCUUUUUGGCGCAGUCGGCUGGGACGACCUAUGUUUACGAUUAUCCCGAUAUGUUUAGACAGAUGGUUGAUUUGCAAUGGAAGCAAUACAUGAAUCAGAGGAUUUCGGAACAUAUACAACCGCCCGAUAAACUUAUGGAUUUCGUCGAAUUGAUUCUCGAUCCCGAAACCGAGAGUCGAUUAAUUGAACAAAAACGCGUCCCUGGCGAAAAUAACGUAGGGAUGGUUGCGUGGCGCCUCACUUUAUACACUCCAGAGUAUCCAGAUGGCCGUGAUGUUAUUGUUAUAGCUAAUGAUAUAACGCAUAUGAUUGGCUCGUUUGGGCCACGUGAGGAUAAGGUGUUUGGAUUGGCUAGCGAAAUUGCGCGAUGUAUGAAAAUACCAAGAAUUUAUUUGGCCGCCAACAGUGGCGCUCGCAUCGGCUUGGCCGAAGAAGUGAAAAAUUCGUAUAAAAUCGCAUGGGAAGACAACAACGAACCCGACAAAGGGUUCCGUUACCUAUACCUGACACCGGAGGACUAUGCCAAAGUUUCGGCCCAGAAUUCGGUCAGAGCUGUCUUGAUCGAAGACGAGGGCGAGUCGCGUUACAAACUAACCGACAUUAUAGGCAAAGAUGACGGUUUAGGUGUCGAAAACUUGCGAUACGCUGGAAUGAUCGCCGGCGAAACAUCCCGAGCCUAUGACGAAAUCGUCACAAUAUCAAUGGUUUCGUGUCGAGCGAUCGGAAUCGGCUCAUAUCUAGUCCGACUGGGACAAAGAGUCAUCCAAAUCGAAAACUCCCAUAUUAUUUUGACCGGUUACAGUGCCUUAAAUAAACUCCUCGGCCGUCAAGUCUACGCUUCAAACAACCAACUAGGCGGCAUCCAAAUCAUGUACAACAACGGUGUUUCACACAAGGUGGAACAGGGCGACCUUGACGGUAUUGCAACAGUGUUGAAAUGGCUUUCUUACGUCCCGAGGGACAAAAACAGCCCACUGCCAGUCAUCAAACCCAUCGAUCCGAUCGAACGCGAGGUUGAUUUUAUCCCAACCAAGGCACCCUACGACCCGCGCUGGAUGCUGGAAGGUCGUGCUUCGCCCCUCGACCCCAAAAACUGGGAGAGUGGGUUUUUCGAUCGUGAUUCCUGGUCGGAAAUUAUGAAACCGUGGGCGCAAACGGUCGUAGCAGGCCGGGCCCGUUUGGGGGGAAUCCCCGUCGGGGUGAUUGCGGUCGAGACGCGAACCGUUGAAUUGAAUUUACCGGCUGAUCCGGCCAACUUGGAUUCGGAGGCGAAGACGGUGUCGCAGGCGGGGCAAGUGUGGUUCCCCGACUCGGCGUAUAAGACUGCCCAAUCGAUUGCCGAUUUCUCGCGUGAGGACCUCCCACUGUUCAUUUUCGCCAAUUGGCGAGGGUUUAGUGGCGGUAUGAAGGAUAUGUACGAGCAAAUCAUGAAGUUUGGGGCGUAUAUUGUUGAUGGGUUGAGACAGUAUCGCAAGCCGGUUAUCAUUUAUAUACCGCCCAAUGGCGAGUUGAGAGGCGGGGCUUGGGCGGUCGUUGACCCCACGAUUAAUUCGCGCUAUAUGGAAAUGUACGCCGAUCCGGAAUCAAGGGGCGGGGUUUUGGAACCGGAAGGGAUUGUCGAAAUUAAGUACCGGAAAAAGGAUUUAUUGAAAACUAUGCAUCGGAUUGAUCCAGUUUUGAGGGAGUUGGAUGAGAAAAUUGUCAAGUUUAAUCAGACGAGACCGAUGGGUGAACGCACAUCGAGUAUUUCGCAAACUAUCGAGCAGAAAAAGCCACAAGAAGUUGUGGAUUUGGAGGCGAAAAUUACCGAAAGAGAAAAUUUCUUAAUGCCGAUGUAUCAUCAAGUGUCGGUACAUUUCGCCGAUUUGCACGAUACACCCGAACGAAUGUUGGAGAAAGGGGCCAUUAAUGAUAUAGUGCCUUGGAGGAAAUCGCGAUCGAUUUUGUAUUGGAGGUUGAGGAGGUUGUUACUCCAGGAUAAGGUGGUGACGGCCUUACUUGACGCACAACCGAUGCUGGGGGUGGGGCAAGGGGAGGCGAUGUUGAGGAGGUGGUUUAUUGAAGAUAAGGGUUCGACUGAGGGCUACAAAUGGGACAAUAAUGAGACUGUGGUGCACUGGCUGGAGGACCAGCUCCGGAAGCCCCCGAGUCAGUCAAUAAUCAAUUACAACCUCCACUGUGUGAAAAAAGACGCUGUUAUCAACCAAAUCAACGUGGCGCUUGAGGACUGUCCGGACGUGGCCCUCGACGCUGUGGUUCAAAUCAUUCAAAAAUUAUCAGAUAAUCAAAAAGCCGAAGUGAUAAGGACUUUGUCGCAGCUAGGUUCGGUCGAAAAUAUAGACUAAAAUUCUAUUUUUACAAAAACUAAUCUAAGACUUAUUGUAAAUAGGUUUGUGCUUUAUUUAUGUUUCUGUUGUAUUUAUUUUUCCUGGAAAUGAUAGGUGUUAGGAAUAAUUGUUAUAUAUUGUUGGAAUUGCCCGAGACUUUGUUAUAAAAUAAAUUUUUUUGAAAA